CUACGAGACACCUAGGCCGCGGCGCCAAAAACAGCAACGAUGCAGUGGCUUGUAGGAUUGAUCUUUUUAAGCUUGACCUUCGCUUAUACAUUAGCAGCAGAUGGAGGAGAAGAUUUCACGCCUCAUCGCGGUCGCUAUUGCGGGACAAGCGAGCCUGGGGCAACAUUCAAGGCGUUACAAAGACAGCUGGGCUCUAUAGAGUCCCAAGCUCGCAUGAGCGGCGCAGGAAAUCUAGAGGAUUUAACUCCCAUUGAGAUUGAGACAUGGUUUCAUAUUGUCACUACCAAAGCCAACGCGGAUUUGGUGACCGAUAAGAUGAUAUCUGACCAGCUCACCUACCUACAAAAAUCAUACUCCAACACGACCAUCACAUACAAACUCCUCGGAGUCGACCACACCAUCAACGACACCUGGGCACAGAACGGCGACGACAUCGGAAUGAAAACCGCUCUCCGCAAAGGCACCUACAGCACGCUCAACAUAUACUUCCAAACCGACCUCCAAGACACCCCCAGCGAUUCAAUCCUCGGCCGUUCCCAAACCACCCCAUCCACCAUGCCCUCUCUCCUCGGAUUCUGCUCCCUUCCCGACCCCACCAUCAACUCCACCAGCACGCGCUCCGACUACAUCAAAGACGGCUGCAACAUCCUCGCCAGCUCCAUGCCCGGCGGACCCCUAACGCACUACAACCUGGGGGGAACAGCCGUGCAUGAAGUCGGGCACUGGAACGGCCUCCUGCAUGUAUUCCAGGGUGGAUCGUGCUCUCCCAGUAACGAGGGGGAUUAUAUCGCCGACACGCCGUUACAAGCCGAAGCGACGGAGGGUUGUCCAGUGAGACAGGACUCGUGUCCUGAUUCCGCGGGACUGGAUUCUAUACAUAAUUAUAUGGAUUAUUCUUCUGAUGAUUGUUAUCAGGGGUUUACGAAGGACCAGACUUUGCGGAUGCGGAAUAUGUGGGCGAAGAUGAGAAAGGGGAAAUAAAUGAAUGGAUAAAUGCAUGAAUCGAUAUUGGAAGAUGCAGCCCAUGCAUACGGAGCAUUUCUGAUUGCUUACUCUUUCUCUCUUGCAUUCUUUCUUUUCUCGGUGUUGUCUUCCAGGAAUUCCCCAUGUCAGUUUUCAGAGACUACUACUGGAUCUAACCAGGAUUUCAAGAUUUUGCUUCCUGUUCCAGAUACUCAUUCGAGGGUUUUUAUUUCUUUUGGGGUCUUAUAAUCUUAUUUCAUUUUCGUUCUACUUAUCCUAUAUUUACUAUAUACUACUGAGGCACGAAAUCUGACUUGGUGAGCUUUCAACUACCAAGAUCUGUUGUCUGGAUAGAGCUUAUCUUUACAGGCAGAGAGCAUAAAUACAAUUGAUAAUAAUAUGUCAAGACCAGA